AUGAGCUCCGACGGAAAUUCCGAACCCGCUUAUACUGAUCGGCAAGUCUCCGUGGGCCCCGGUGUUUCCACUUUUACUGUGUCUGUUAGACGAUCAGAAACUCGCCAAGAUCAUGCAGAGCUCAGCAGCAACCCGGAAAUAGAAGAUGAACAUGGAGAGCAGUCGUUGGGCAGCGAAGACACCGAUACCUCGGAGGACGAAGACGAGGACACGCCAAAUGAAAACGAUGACGGAGGAGACGAGACACUAGAUAGCAGCGAUACCGAUACAACGGAGACGCUGGGGAGCAAGGAUUCUGAUACCUCCGAGGGUGAGACGUCCGAAAGUGUACAGACCUUAGUUAACCACGCAACAUCGCAAAAUGAGCAAGACCAUUUCGGUGACACGCUGGGAAACGGAGAUGGCGCAGAAGAUGAACCAAACGAAUCGGACAGCGAAGAUGGCUGGGGCGAUGAAGAAGACGAGUUGGAAAGUGAGAUGGAUAUCGAUUUGAACAGUUCAGGUGAUGAAGAACACGGCGAGUCAGAUGGCAACUUCGCGAUGACAGAUGACGGACUCGCCAGCGACAUCGAGACGGCAGAGGCUAGCUCUGAAUCUAGUGCCCCUUCCACCUGCACUGAAUAA